UCAGUAUGUGCUCAAUCUUCACUUCGGUCGGUUCUGUCGUCUCUUGUUACGUCAUGUUCGCCAUGAGGUGUGCUUUGUAAUUCUCUGAAGCGAGCAUUGUCUCAGUCUUCGAUUAAAAAACGAUUAAAACUCAACUGUGCGGGUGUUUAAGAUCUCAUCAAAAAUGGCGAAAUUAAAAGCAUGAGUUGAGAUUUUUUUAAAUUUUUGCUAAAAACGACUGCAUCCAGUUUCCAGUUUUCCUCUUUAAGUUUUUAGAUUGACUGUGCUCGUGCGUAAUUUGUUGCAGAUGUGCUGUUUCUUCACUAAACCUUGCAUUUGAAAACACCUCCAGGAAAAAUUAAAAGAAGUGCGUGGCAUAAAACGUAGACAAGGAAAAACCGGUCCCAUGAAAAGUGCAUCGAUCUUUGACCUUCAUUCUUCUUUAAGUUCACUUGCAACUUUCUUGUGAUCAUUUUAUAGUCAUUUUUGUGCCUCUGUCAUGCCUUUAGAGCAUUGCGACUGAGCCAAAACAAGUAGAUCGAAAUGAUCAAGAGGAACAUUGUAUACAGUUGUCCAUGAAUUUCCAAAUUGUUUUCAUAGUUUUUGGUGAGAUCUAUAGCUAAAAUCCUGCGAACAAUAUAAAUUAAUCAAAUGCGUACAGUGACUUAGCUACGUUAUCCUUAUUUAAAACAAAAAAUGAUCCUCCGCUCCAACACAGCUCCUUUGUGCAUGAUAAACCUUUGUUUACUAUGGAUCUCAUAUUUCCUGUUGGUUGGGAGCAGGUCAGCCAGAGCCAUGACGCCUCGAUAUCGGCUACCGGGUGACGUCAUCCCUGAGCAUUAUAAUAUUAGCAUCUUAACGAAUUUAGACGACAACGAUUUCACUUACCACGGAAGAGUCACCAUCAAGUUAAAAUGCAUCCGAGCCACAAACAAAAUUGUCCUGCACGCAUACACACUGACAAUAGGAACCGACGUAUUGCGGGUGUCGGAGGCGCGAUCUGAAGGGGCUCCCAAACCGCAACACAUCAAAAUCACAAACUCUAGCUACGACACGGUGAAUGAGUUUUUCAUCGCCGAAACAAACAAGCCUUUGCAGCCAAACCGCACUUACAUAUACGAUAUCCCUUACAAAGGCACACUGAACACCAACCUGUGGGGAUUUUACCGGUCGAGUUAUCUGGAGCAGAAAUCUAAUGAAACAAGAUGGCUGGCUGUAACCCAAUUUUCUCCGAUUCACGCUCGGAAAGCUUUUCCAUGUUUUGACGAGCCUGCAAUGAAAGCAACGUUCUCAAUAAGUUUAAUUCACGACAAAAAGUACACAGCUUUAAGCAACAUGCCGGUCAAACACACGUCUGUACUAGAAGAUCGGGAUCACUGGGUCAAAACCGAGUUCGAGACGACGGUCAAGAUGUCAACGUACGUGGUCGGUUUCAUGAUCUCGGACUUCGAGCACCUCCCGCCGACAGAGACGGCCACGAGGCAGAUCCCUUUCAAAGUUUGGGUCCGGAGGGACGCCCUCGAGCAGACGCGCUUCUCGCUCUUCGUCGGCCCCCAACUUCUGGACUUCCUCGAGAGGUACUUCGGGAUCGACUACCCCCUCCCGAAGCAGGAUCUGGCCGCCAUCCCCGACUUCAACUUCAACGCCAUGGAGAAUUGGGGACUCAUCACUUUUCGGGAAAAGGCCAUUCUGUAUGAUCCAAAAUCAACAUCCGUGAACCUGCAGCAAUCUUUGACAUUCACGACUGCCCACGAAAUAGCGCACAUGUGGUUUGGCAACUUGGUCACUAUGCAAUGGUGGACUGAUCUCUGGCUGAAAGAGGGCUUCGCAUCUUACCUUGGGGCAAUAGCCAUGGAAAAUGUUAUUACUCACUGGCAAACAAUGAGCCACCAAGUGGCCACAGAUCUAGGUUAUACAUUUGCUCUCGAUAGCCUGAACUCAUCACACCCAGUCUCCGUUCCCAUUGGUAACCCGGCGGAGAUAGCACAACUUUUCGACAAAAUACCGUAUGCCAAAGGUCCUUUAAUCAUCCGUAUGAUGAACCACUUUCUGGGGGAUGAAACGUUCCAAGCCGGAUUGCAACAAUACUUAAAUAAGUUUGCGUAUGGGAACGCGGAGAAAGACGAUCUUUGGAACGAACUAACGUCGGUGGCUCACGUUAGAGGGGCUCUCCCGGCUGAAACUAGCGUCAAAAUAAUUAUGGACUCAUGGACAGUUCAGACUGGCUAUCCUCUUGUUAAUGUUCAAAGAGACUACGAACAAGGCACGGCGAAGGUGUCACAGAGCCGUUACUUCCAAAAUACAGAGUUAAGAGAUGAGUCAGGAAACAAACAGUGCUGGUGGAUUCCUCUCAGUUACACGACCGGACACGAAUCUGAUUUCAACUCAACGAAACCAAAAGCGUGGCUCAACUGUAGCGGGCCCAUUAUCAUCACGGAUUUGCCAAAUGAAGAUUCGUGGGUUCUAUUCAACCUAAAAGCUACUGGUACUUAUAGAGUUAACUAUGAUCUAAAAAAUUGGGAAAUGCUGUCGGAAGUAUUGAACGAUGAAAGUGAGUUUCGGAAGAUUGACCCCUUGAACCGAAUGCUUCUCGUGGUUGACUCCUUCAGCCUGGCCUGGACUCGUGACUUAAAUUAUGACCUCGCUUUUAAACUAGCAUCUUAUCUGAAGUACGAACCAGAAUUCAUAGUAUGGGACGCAGCUGAUGCUCAUCUUUCUGAAAUCGCAGCUAUGCUACGAUAUACUCCGGAUUAUGACAUUUAUAAGGAGUACAUUCAGAGCAUCGUGAGGCCGGCUUACGAGAAAAUAGGUCCUCUUGCGGAGGAACCCGAUGACAGUGAAACUUCGCAGCGAAAAUCUGUGAUUACCGCGAUGGCCAGGCGCUGUGGACUUGAUUUAUACGAACUGGAGGCGAAGGAGCUCUUCAAGCAGGCCAUGACUUCCAGCAGUGACUCGCCCGUCAUCCCCAAGGAUAUCCGGGGAUCCGUCUACUGUACAGGGGUCGCGCUCAGCGGAGAGAGAGAAUGGAAACUCAUGUGGAACAGAUACGUGAAGUCAAACAUCCCAGCAGAAAAAGAGAACAUCCUGAUGGCGCUCGGAUGCUCGAAAGACGAGGCCGUGUUGGGUGCUUAUUUGAGCUGGUCCAUUGACGAGAACUCAUUGAUUCGGCGGCAGGAUUCCCUCACCGUUUUCCGAUCUGUCGCUGCCAAUCAGAUCGGGUAUCCCAUCGCCAGAACAUUCUUCGUCCGCAGGUUGGAUGAUAUUUAUAAUUUCUUUGGCGUGAAAACUGCAAAAAUGGGCUCGUACCUGACCGUGCUUGCAAAUUACAUGAAUACGCAAAAAGAGUUGGACGAAAUAAAGAACGUGAUCUCAAGAAACGAGAGUAUUUUUGAAUAUUCCAAGCUUGCUCAAGACCAGUUCUUUGAAACUGUUCAAAACAAUAUAUUGUGGUUUAAAACCAAUCAAAAUAACGUCAUAAGUGCGCUGAGACCCAAAUAAUUUAUUGUAUGAAGAUAACUCCAAGAACAAAA